AUGCCAAACCAACCGUUGUCAAGUCACUCACCAAGCCGUCUCCCGGGCGGGGACGCCAUGCAAGGGCUCCUCAAAAGGUUCCCACUCCCAAUAUUCCUCCGGAAAAUCCCGCACGUCCAGAUCCCAGUCAAUUGUCAGAAGCCAGUGCUGAGGUAA